CAAACACUGAAGGAGACCGUCAGUUUGCUAGUGAGGUUGUAAAAGCCUGAACCACAUUUCCUGUUUGUAAGAAAACAGGUGACGAAAAAAGACUGGAGACCUUUAAGACUGACGGCAACUCUAGAGAUAGAUUCAUGCUGCCAGGUCCUAAACAAAAGGGUAUCCAAGGUCUGCCAACAUAACUUGAUUUCCUGUUGGAUAAAGGGGCGGGGAGUAUUCCUGGAAACAACAAAAACAGGGAUUGCUAUAACAUGAUGGACGUUUCCAGUGAAGUAAGUUGUUUUGUCUGAAUUCAUCUUCAGAACUGCAUUCAUGGACUCUAGGAUUUAGCCAAAAAUUUACUGCAAAUAUUACAGAAAUGCACUGCCAUUUUUCUGUCUGGGGAAUUUUGGCCCUUGUGAGUUUGGCUCUGGUUGUUUCGUUGGUACUGAACAUUUCACACUAUAUGAAAAAGAAGCAAGCUAAAAGAUAUAAAGACUAUGAAGACAACAAUCCAAGCUAUGAUGACUAUUGCACAGAAGAUGACCCAGUUUACAGCAAUCUCAAUCAAGGUAUUUUAGAGGAAUGUUGUUACGAGCAGAUGAAGUCCCCCCCUCAAAGGCCAGUUAACCAACUACAGGUGGAGCCUGCCAGUCAGAUGUGUUAUGCCUCACUUGAUCACAGCGUCAAGGGAAAACGCAGAAAACCAAGGAGGAAGACAGACCCUUCGUUACAGGGGGAUGAAGAAGAAAGAUCAUCUAACCCCACCGCGGUGGCUUCCAAAGUCAGCAUUUACCUGAAUAGCGAGCAGCUGGCUGCUGAAAACACAGCAGUAGAAGCCAUUCACGAUGAUCCCAUCAGAUUAAUGGGUUUCAUUCAUACUACGAAAGGAGAGAACAUUUGAAGUAGCUUCAUGAACCAAAUAUGUAAUCAUAAGGCGAGACUUGCUUGUUCAUUCUGGAGGAACAGUGAAUGAUUAGAGAUAAUAUCCCGGCAAAAUGACAUACCAGACAGUGGUAUAAAAUGGGUAAGUGUUCCAAAGUGUCUUCCAAAUGCAUUUACAGAAUAAGCAAGAAAUAAGAUCCAGACUGCCACUUUGAAGGACCUGCCCUUCUGAAGACAUUUUGAAAGGGAGUUGUAGAAGCUGGUAUCUCAGCAUUCACAUUGUAUUGAUUCCGGUAACAAUUAAUCCUUUGUUUAAAACAGCCAUCGACUUUCAACUAGUCCCAAAGGACCCACUCUGUUGUCUGUAGAACUCUAGCAGAGUAUAACUGUACUUCUAUGUAGGUUUUAAUGAUACUUUUGGAAGGAAAUCGUGUUUCGUACUUGCACAUAUAAUGAUUUAGUUGUUUUCCCAAUUAAAAACUGCUCUGCUCUUCAACAUUUUGUACUUUCCCACUGUGACUGGUCUAUGGUAAUAACACAAUAUAUCUAAAGCUAAUUGGAGAAUAAUUACAGAAUAAUUAAAACAGCUUAUUUAAAGUAGCAAUGGUACGUCUUGCAAGAUUUAACAAUAUCCUUAUAUUUCUUUAGUUUCCUUCUGUGAGCCAUACCGAAAUACAUCUCAAAUCUCAACUCCUCUACUGAUAUAACAUCGUAUCCAGCCGUAUUCAAGAGUCCACAAAGAUAUU